AUGUCGGUCUUCGAGCCCAAACUCAGGUGGGAGGCUGAGGUCAUUGAAUAUGUGCAGUUUAAUGAGCCAAGCAGACUGGCCUUCAAUGUUCCUUUGCUUGGUCCUCAAUUUCUGCCGCCAACUUAUCUGCAUGUCCAUAAGCAUCCAGGUGAAGGAGUCAUCAAGCCAGUUGUACAAUACCUCAAGCCUCUCAACAUCAUCCAUCCAUUUUACUUCCGACACCUUGCGCAAUGCCCUCGAUGCAGUUCCACUGAUGACACAGUUUGGGAGGGUUGGACCAGCACAGGAGCAAGAGAGCUCCAUGGCCUUUACUGCGAGGAGCUUGCACUAGGCACCCAGUUGUGCUGCAACAUCUGCAAAGAGUCAGCCAAGGACACAUCCAUGAACGGAACUCACCAAAGUCAAUGCGAAGCAACCGAGGGUGACAUUAAACAAUCUUACUGCUUUGCAACGACGAGUGCUGCAUUUUGGAAAUCCUGGGAGCACUGA